CACAACCAAAACAAGGGUCGUGAGAAUAUUUCCCCGCACGGAGGCUGAGCUACCAUGAAGCUCCUCCAAAUUCUGAGCCCACUGCUCUCCACGAUUAUACCGAGCCUUUUCUCUCCGGAACAAGACACAGAAUAUGUCACUCAGCGUAUCGCGACCGCUACCCUUCGGCCAGUAUCCAUCGAACUCAAGCCUUGGUUCAACAACCGCGCCGUUGGACCGGACGCUAACUUUGACCAUCACAGCGGGCAUUACUGGGCCUCCGAGCUACUUCCAACUGGGACACUUAAAGUUGGCUCUGUUGAUUUCACUUUACCGUUGGAGUGGGACGGAUCUUUUGACAAUGUCGUCUCAGAUGGCCAGGUAUUGCCCGCUCCGUACCCAGUACGCUUCGCGAAAGAGUUGCAUGUCUUAUAUGCUGGGGACUUCAUAGAUGGUGAGACCGGCGCACAUUUUACGUUUCACUUUGAAGAUGGAACUCAACAAACGGUAGAAGCUUCGAUACACAAUUGGUGGAAUUUACACUGGAUCAACACUGGCGGGGCCAUUCAGACUCCCUAUCACUAUAAGCCUGGAGGCGAAAAAGACUACAAUAUCACGCAGAUCUUCCUUUCAGUUCUACCUCGUGGAAUCGUCUUCAUAUCUUUGCCUUGACCAUUGUUCCCAGCAUUGACGAAAUAGGAGGGGAAUUCCCUCUCAUCUCACUCAGCAACCUGCGCCUUACUACUAAGUGGAAACACAUUGAUCAACGGA